AUGGGAAUCCAGUCUAACCUGCCUGUCCUGUGCCCUGUCAGGGGCAAGGACUCAAUUACAACCCUGUGCCUGGUGGAGUGUGGCCUACACACCCGUCGGAUCCUGCAGGCUGGGACGGUGCCCCUGGCAUUGAGCUCCUGCGCCCUCGGGCGUCCAUGCGGAACCUCUGGCUGGACGGCCCUCAGUCCAGGCACCCACUGCCCUCUGCCCAGAGAAGGGCCACCAGGGAGGGAACGGAGCGCCGUUUCUGGCCCUCGGGGCUGGGGUGCGGGUGAGCGGGGAGGGGACUCACCGGGCACCACAGGGAGGCUGAAGAGCUGGCUGUGGGGCAGCAACAGGAGCGCCUGCUUCUCCAAGCCCCUGAGCAGCUCAGAGACAGAGAACGGCCCGCUGUGUGGGCGGGGGCCGGGAGCUGGCGGGAUCCCAGGGCCGCGUCAGGACCCAGGAUCCAGGACCCUCCCGCCAGCUGUGCGACUAAAGCCUGUGCAGCUGGGAGAGCGGGUGGAGGUGCAGAAGGGCACCCCGGGGAGGGGCCGGGCGUCGCGACAGGGCCACACUGCAUUCCUCUCUGCUGCUCAGCUCUCUCCACCCUGGAGUGUCGGGGCUCACCCUCCAGCAAAGGGCCACGGCGGACCUCUGAGCUGGACCCGGAUAUCCGCUGCCCGCAAGCCUCGCCAGAGACACCUGCCGUGUGAAGCCGACUCUUCCUUCCCCCUCACCUCCUCAUUCAGGCACAAGACCCGCCAGGUAAAGCAUCCCGUGGAGGAAACUCAAACCUCCCCCAAGCAGUAACGACAGUCUGGGCGAAGAGCUCUGGGGGCCCAGACCGCCCAGACCACCCAGACCAGUGUGAGCUCAACCCCCGACUCACGCCUGCGCGGACGGACCACGGAGUGACCCACGGAGCCACCGACAGUUACCCUCACCUCAUUAUAACGUUCCAUCCUCCAUCCAAGGAAGAGCCCAAGCCUCAUUUCUACAACACAUAGCGUGUGUGUAGGCGGAAGGUUUCCUUAAGGCCCGUGUGCGACCACGUGCCUGCCUCUACACGGGAUGACGAGGCUCCCCUUUCUGAACAUUCCAUCCUAACCCUAAAUGAAAGGAACCCAGCCACCCUUGCUCGAGGGUCACGGCUUUGGAAGUUAUUUCCCGUGAUCUCCUUCUCUGCCGCAAAUAAAGUUUUCUUUGUGUGCUAACUCA